CGAAGACCAGGCCCUUUUGAGAUGAGUUAUAAAUCCUUAGAUAAUCAAUGCUAAAUCACUUCAAUUGUUAGUGAUACAUGAUAAACUGAUUCAAGUACAAAAUCAUUUGAACCAGUCGUGAAAUUUUUUUACCGUGUAGUGAGGCGUUGCAAAAUCAUUUGAAUUAGAUGACAAUUUUUACUGUGCACAGACUUUAGGAAAGGUGAACAGCUGAUCACACAAUAGUAAACAUGACAUAAGUAAACAAUUUAUUUGUGAUUUUGUUGAGCACGACAACCUGUUAGUACAGGCUUUGAAUCAGGCCAAGGAAGUUUAUUACCAUUCCGAUCGAACUAGGGUUCGGAAAAAUCUAGGUCCUAGGGAAAAGUAAUGUGUUUUGAUCAGUAGCAUCAACUGGUUACACGUGAAAAUGGCCUCAUGUCUCCUGAUGCCGGAAUGCUGCCGUUGUUGCUUGGCAUCGGAAAGCGAAAUGUUCGAUGUGUUCGAACAAAUGGACGAGUUUGAGAGUAAAAUUUCCGAUGUAAUUGCAAAUUGCGGUGGAAUAACGAUUACGGAAACCGACUACUUCUCAAAAAGUAUCUGUUCAAACUGCUUGACUGAUUUAGCCCAUGCUGCUCGGUUUAGGUUGCGCUGCAUGAAGACGGAAGAUGUACUCCAAACUACGAGGCUGGACGUCAAAAAUUCAGUUUUACAUCGAAAAUACUUGCAAUCGACCAGUAGUACAGAGUCGAUUGAUCAGUGGUCAGCAGAGAGCUACAGUAGCGCGGUUAAGGCGGAAUUUUCAGACAUCGAGACCGCAAAUGGGGUGAAGGCAAACGAAGCAGAAGAUUCAUCAAGUCACCCAACAACUGCAAACUUUGCCAGUUCUUUCAGUAGUGUGUCUGGUGCGUGUCAGUCACAACAUCACGUUGGGCGAACGCAAAUACCAAACAGUACUUCCAAUAAUAGUCAUCCUAUUGAUGUGCAUUCGUUUUUUCAGGUGAAUAAGCAACAGCAUUACUACGAGAGAGAUCACUUGAGAAGUAUCAUCAGCGAUAAGUUGGAUGCAGUCAAGACGGAAAUAACUAGCACAGUACUGAGUGUUAUGGAUGCGCUACUGUACAAAGCUGUUGCCGCACUAAGAAGCGAUUGUCAUCGGGAAAUUUCACCUGUUCCUCCAGAUCAGGCGAUUGUGAAUUUGCCAGGAGAGUUAAUAUUGGGAAAAAAUGAAGAAUUCAAGCCCAUAAAAACAGCCAAAGAAUUAGAAUGUCUAGAACAGAAUCUAAACGAUCCUGUUUUUGCCCAAAGAUUGUUCUCACACAUGCGAGAAAAAAUUGGUAACAAGGGCGACAACUACCGCGGCCAGAACACCUGCUACUAUCUAAUCGACCGGUUUUUUGAUCGAAAGUUUUUGAUACACUGCUCCUGGAGCGGAGGCAGCCGAAGUGACAUUGAGAAGAGUGCUAUCAAAGACUGCAAGAACAUUCUGGCCCUGUUUUACAGAAUUGUAAGAAGUACAAACGAAAAGUUUUCCUUCCACCUUCUGGAAAACUUUUUCAAAUCGGUUGUAAAGAACGCCAAGAAACGCAGUGAAGCCAAGGGAUUGCGCGUAUCGACAAUCCACCGGCGCAAGAAAAAGUCUUCUAAAUCGGCUGGUAGUAUCUCUCUGUCUACAAACGCUGCCGGUCUCGACAAAGAUGUAGUAGCUUCGGUACAGGGGCUAUUGGAAAAAGCUGACACUGGCAAGCGACUUAAAUUGGAUAUUUCCGAUGCCAAUAUGCGUCAAAAUAUAAUUAUUUCAGAUGCACUCUUAGAAUAAAAUAGACAUCACUUGAA